AUGUUCCUACCAUUUUAUUACAGGCAGUCUUGGGCUCUUGUUGGAGUCAUUGGUGACAGAACUUCCAAUAGCAGUGAGGCUGUGCAGGAUUACGUGAACCACAAUACUGCAGAACAAGCUCUUGCUAGAAGAGAGUUUACAACAGUGAAUGGAGUUGAUUUUUCUGUCUCUGCUUACAGUGAGUGGAUAGAAGGUACCUCAUGGGUGGGUUUCAAUGUGGAAGUUGCAGAUGGGACAGUUUUAGACCUACUGGAUGAUGUUACCAGCUGGAGAGAAGGAGACCGUAUUGUGAUUGCCAGUACAGAUUACUCCAUGUACCAAGCAGAGGAAUUUACUCUUCUUCCUUGCCCAAAAUGUACCAAGCACCAAGUGAAAAUCAAAGAAAAGCCUCAGUUCCCACAUGUAGGUGAAAUUCUUGAUGGGGUUGACAUGAGAGCUGAGGUUGGAAUCCUGUCAAGAAACAUUGUAAUCCAAGGAGAGAUGGAAGGUUCCUGCUACGGAAGUAACAUGUGCCAAUUCUUCAAUACUGAUACCUUUGGGGGUCAUAUACAGAUUCUGAAAAAUUUUACCUCAGUGCACUUGUCCAAUGUUGAACUAAAAAAUAUGGGUCAACAGGCACAGAAGAAAUACCCACUUCAUUUUCAUCUUUGUGGAGAUGUAGAUGUGAAAGGAGGAUACAGAUCUCCAACUUAUGUUGACAGCCUAUCUAUUCAUCAUUGCUUCUCAAGGUGUCUUGGCAUCCAUGCUACCAAUGGUUUGUUGGUAAAAGAUACCAUUGGUUAUGAUACAUUGGGCCAUUGCUUCUUUCUGGAGGAUGGAAUUGAAGAGCGAAAUGUUCUGUUUCACAACCUUGGACUUCUCACUAAACCUGGAACACAGCUCCCUACUGAUCGAAAUGAUACCAUGUGCACAGAAAUUCGGGACAAAGUUAAUGGCAAAUAUAUCCCAGUGCCUGCAACAGACUGCAAAGCAGUUUCAACCUUCUGGAUUGCAAAUCCUAAUAAUCAUCUAAUUAGCAAUGCAGCUGCAGGCUCACAGGAUACUGGAAUGUGGUACCUGUUUCAUAGCAUGUCCACCGGUGACUCCCAUGGACUAUAUCCAGAAACCAAAGCUGAGCUCACCCCUCUUGGAAAGUUCUAUAACAACCGAGUGCACUCCAAUUUUAAGGCUGGCUUGUUCAUAGAUAAAGGUGUGAAAACCACCCAUGCAAAUUCUGAAGACCCCAGAGAAUACCUGUGUCUGGACAACAAUGCAAGGUUUCGACCACAUGAAAAUGCCGAUCCUUCAAAGCCACGUGUUCCAGCUUUGAUUGAGAGCCUGAUAACAUUCAAGAAUAAUGACCAUGGUGCUUGGGUUAGAGGAGGUGACAUCACCAUCACAAACUCAGCAUUUGCUGACAAUGGAAUUGGAUUAACAUUUGCAAGUGAUGGAAGCUUUCCCAAGGAUGAAGGGGCAAGUCAGACAGUCUUGGAAUCCUUGUUCAUUGGUGAAAGUAAAAACUAUGGUUUUCCUGGUGGUCAGAACAAGUAUUUUGGCACUGGAUGGCCUGGCAACAGAAAUCGCACUUUGCCCAGAAAUAAGACUUUCCCUAUUCGAGGAUUUCAGAUAUAUGAUGGACCUGUUCAUCUAACAAGAAGUACUUUCCGUAAUUUUGUGUCAACAUCUGACCGUUACACAAGUGCCAUUGGGUUUUUCAUGAAAAAUGCUUGGCAGCUGACCCCCAAGAACAAAGUUUCAUUGGUCAAGCUUGACAUCAAUGUUUCCCUAAAGGUGUUCUUUUGUAAACCUGGCCCUUGGUUUGAAGAUUGCAAGCAAGAUGGAGACAAAAAUGCUGUGUUUAAUGACUUUGAUGGUUCUGUGAGUGGCUACAAAGAUAUGCUUGUGGGACGAUUGGACAAUUUUCUUAUAAGAAAUCCAGACUGCAUCAAUGUCACAGACUGGAAUGGAAUAAUUUGCAAGGGGAAAUAUGCACAGAUAUAUGUGCAGACUUGGAAUCCUGCAAAUAAUACCAUGUCCAUUGUAAGGGACGAGUAUCCAGACUUCCCAAUGCUACUACGAGGAAUCAACCAAAACCAUCGGGCAACCUUCCAGCAGUAUCAGCCUGUGGUGAUGCUACAGAAGGAUUAUACAGUUCAUUGGAAUGGAAAGGCUCCAGAAAAUAUUGUCAUUUAUCUAAUUAACUUUGACAAAAAUGACUGGAUUCGUAUUGCCCUGUGUUAUCCCCGAGACACCAUAUUCCAGGUGAAGUCUGAUGUCUACCAGAGACUGACAAAGGUUGUGUCCAUGGUUGAAGAAUAUACAGCAGCAUCUUCAAUUAAAGACUUUUUGGACAGUCAGGCCGAGAGAAAAUAUUUUUUUGACAACAGCACUGGGUUGCUGUUCAUCUACCUUCAGGCAAGAAAUGAGAGAGAUGGUCAGAGUUAUUGUUCCUCUUUUGGCUGUGAACGUUUGAACAUUACUGCUACCAUUCGGUCAGAACAGGUCAGCAACUGCAUGGCAGAAGUUGAUCAGAAGUAUAGGAAAACACCAACCAUAAUCAGUCCUGUUCCACUGAAUAAUUCAGUUUCAGUGCCGUGCAGAGCCUGUGGAACAUCUCAGGUGAUUUUCUCAAGUGAUCCUGAGAGGACCUAUAUCCCUGUCCAGGUAAAAUCCCUUAGUAAGGUGGAGAUUGAUCAAGGAGACCUGGAAGCCUUCAUCUCGGUGAGUGCAUGUUACACUCAGUUUCUUUUUAACUUUGAUGGCUUAUGUUCAGUCUUGAAAUAA